AUUAACUUUUCAUAUUUUGGAAAAACCCAUAACAAAAUAUUCUUAAUUACAUUUUAAGAAAAUUCCUAUUUUUAAUGAUAUGUAGAGUCCUGCCCUAAAAUUUCCUCCAAAAUUAAUCCAUUUUUCUUUUUCUAUCUCCCCAUUUUCGCGCCAUCUGUCGGUGUGCGCAGUGCGCACUGCUGAACACGUAUAUAAGGGUUUUCCUUCCCCAAACCACCUCACUUCAUUUAGAGCUGCGCUCGCUCUCUCUGAACCAUGUCGGAGGGUCAUCUCUUCAACAAUAUCUCUCUCGGCGGUCGCGGUGGAACGAAUCCAGGGCAGUUGAGGGUUCAUCCAGGAGGGAUAUUAUGGAAAAAGCAAGGAGGUGGAAAGGCUGUUGAGGUUGACAAAUCUGAUAUUGUCGGGGUGACCUGGAUGAAAGUCCCAAGAACUAAUCAGCUUGGUGUUCGAGUUAAAGAUGGGUUAUACUACAAAUUCACUGGUUUCCGUGAGCAGGAUGUCACUAAUUUGACCAAUUUUUUCCAACAUUCUUGUGGAUUAAACCCAGAAGAGAAGCAGCUUUCUGUGAGUGGCCGCAACUGGGGAGAAGUUGAUUUAAAUGGCAAUAUGCUGACUUUUCUGGUUGGUUCGAAGCAAGCAUUUGAAGUAUCUUUAGCAGAUGUUUCACAGACACAGAUGCAAGGGAAAAAUGAUGUCAUUUUGGAGUUCCACGUGGAUGAUACAACUGGGGCUAAUGAGAAAGAUUCAUUGAUGGAGAUAAGCUUUCACAUACCAAAUUCCAAUACCCAAUUUGUUGGUGAUGAAAAUCGUCCUCCAGCUCAAGUAUUCCGUGAUAAAAUUAUGUCAAUGGCGGAUGUUGGUGCUGGAGGUGAAGAAGCAGUUGUUACAUUUGAGGGGAUUGCGAUUCUUACACCAAGGGGACGGUACAGUGUGGAACUGCAUUUGUCAUUCCUACGCCUGCAGGGUCAGGCUAACGAUUUUAAAAUUCAAUACAGCAGUGUCGUUCGCCUUUUCUUACUACCUAAGUCUAACCAGCCACAUACCUUUGUUGUUGUGACACUGGAUCCACCAAUCCGUAAAGGGCAGACUUUGUAUCCACAUAUUGUGAUGCAGUUUGAAACAGACUAUGUGGUUCAAAGUGAAUUGUCAUUAAGUGAAGAACUUUUGAAUAGCAAGUACAAGGACAAGUUGGAGCCUUCAUAUAAGGGACUCAUUCAUGAAGUCUUCACCUUGAUAUUGCGUGGCUUAUCUGGUGCCAAGGUCACAAAACCAGGGAAAUUCCGGAGCUGUCAGGAUGGUUAUGCAGUGAAGUCAUCAUUGAAAGCUGAAGAUGGUGUUUUGUAUCCACUAGAAAAGAGCUUCUUCUUUUUACCCAAGCCUCCUACCCUUAUUCUUCAUGAGGAGAUUGACUAUGUUGAGUUUGAGAGGCAUGCUGCUGGAGGCUCAAAUAUGCAUUACUUUGAUCUUCUUAUAAGACUAAAGACUGAACAAGAACAUCUCUUCCGGAAUAUUCAGAGGAAUGAAUACCAUAAUCUUUUUGACUUUAUCAGUGGGAAAGGCUUGAAAAUUAUGAAUCUUGGAGAUGUCCAAACCGCAGAUGGUGUUGCUGCUGUUCUUCAGAAUGAUGAUGAUGAUGCUGUUGACCCACAUCUUGAGCGGAUUAAGAAUGAAGCUGGUGGAGAUGAGAGUGAUGAAGAGGAUGAAGAUUUUGUUCUUGACAAGGACGACGGAGGCUCUCCUACUGAUGAUUCUGGGGAAGAGGAAUCUGAUGCUAGUGAAAGUGGAGGCGAGAAAGAAAAGCCUUCCAAAAAGGAAUCCAAGAAAGAGCCUUCUGUUUCUAAGGCAUCUUCGUCUAAGAAGAAACCCAAAGAUGGAGAUGAAGAUGGUUCAAAGAAGAGAAAACAGAAGAAGAAAAAGGAUCCAAAUGCGCCAAAGAGGGCUAUGUCUGGUUUCAUGUUCUUUUCACAAACUGAAAGGGAGAAUAUAAAGAAAAGUACUCCUGGAAUUGCAUUCACUGAGGUGGGGAGAGUUCUUGGUGAUAAGUGGAAAAAGAUGACAGCGGAGGAGAAAGAACCCUACGAAGCGAAAGCUCAAGCAGAUAAGAAACGAUACAGGGAUGAAAUUAGCGGCUACAAGAGCAACCCACAACCCAUGAACGUAGACUCCGGGAAUGAAUCCGACAGUGAAUAGUUUCACAAGUAGUAUGAAGUUUCCCAUCAGUUAUUGUUGCAUUAACAUUAUAAAUGAUAUAAUUUUUUAGGAUAUAUAUAUAUAUAUAUAUAUAUAUAUAUAUAUAGUAAUGACUUAUAAUGCAAUGCAUCUAUUUUUGAUA